AUGGCGCCGGAAAUAUUGACAAAUCAAGAGGAGAUGGAUUUAUCGGCUAUUGAACAGGUCAGUGAUUUUUUGAGGGCCGAUUGGAGGAUUAAAAACCGGAAAUGUUUCAAAUUUUUUGAAAUGUAGGUUCUACCUAGUUUCUGACUUCUGAAAAAUAAGAAAUGUACUGUUUACUGUAGACAAAGAUGUUUGCGGACUCAUACACUAAAACUAAAACUAACAUUUUCAGCCCAAAACUUUUCGAAUUUUUUCAGCUUCGUCAACAAGUUUCUGAUAUUAUCGAUCCGAGAUAUGAUACAAAAUUUAAUAUGCUCCGCUGGCUUCAAUCCAACAAUUUCAAUGUUCCAAAAACUGUUCACAUGCUCAGAAAACAUUUGAAAUGGCGAAAAGAACGAAAGUAAUUUAUUCCUUUUUUAUUUUUUCCGAACUUCAUUUUUUGCAGAUUGGACGAGCCUGAAUCAGAAUCACUUUUACAAUUCAGUGAAGCUCGUCGGAAAUAUAUGCCAAUUGAAAUAAUUGGUCCACAACGAGUUAAAAAUGGUGAUCGAUUGAUUGUUGUUGAUCAAGCUGGAAGAAUUGAUGUUGGAGGAUUGUUGAAAUCAGUGCAACCAACUGAAUAUUUACAUGAAAUGUAUCGAAGUUUUGAAGAUGUUCAGAGAAGACUUAUGAAAAUGGAAGAAGAAACGGGAGUUCAAUGUUAUAUGCAUUAUAUUUUUGAUUUGGAAGGUUUAACAUUUGAUCCAACAUUGUUAGGUGUUGUAAAUGGACCAUUUCGUGUAUCUUGGCAAUUAGUUGGAUUGAAUUAUCGAGAAUUUAUUGAUAAAUUCAUUGUUAUAAAUGCUCCAAGUUAUAUAAAUGUUUUAUGGUCUGCACUUUGUCCAUUUAUUCCUGAACAAUCACGACAUCGAAUUAUAUUUACUGGAUCAAAUUGGAAAGAAGAAUUGGCAGAGAUUUGUGAUUUGGAAUGUUUGCCGAAACGAUAUGGUGGGCUUAUUGAUGAUGACAAAUGUUUGAAGUUAGUUUUUUUUGAAAAAUAA